AUGGCCGAAAGUGGUCGUACGCGCCGGCGCGUGAGCUUCUGGUGGCGCGUGGAGGCGUGUGAGGAGGCUGCUGCCGGAGUUUUUCACUGGGGUUUGGUCGCCGGACAUGAUUUAUGUUUUGUCUAUAGAGCAGUUGCAUGUCUUCUCCAAUAUGCCAACUUCUUGCUUCUUCAUAUAAGCUUAGAUAUUCUUCUUGUUCUUCUUGGUGUAGUAACUGUAGUUUUUUCAAACAUACAGGCAGACUGCAAGUUCCUGAUAUUUGCGCAUCAUCAACCAAUGAUUGAGUCGAUACACAACUAUUUACUUAAGAAGAAGGUUGGUUGUAUUAGGAUUGAUGGCAGUACUCCAUCAGCAUUACGACAAGCACUGGUAACGGAUUUUCAGGAAAAAGAAACAAUUAAGGCUGCAGUGCUAUCCAUCAAAGCUGGGGGUGUCGGGUUAACAUUAACAGCAGCAAGCACAGUGAUAUUUGCAGAAUUAUCAUGGACACCAGGUGACCUCAUUCAAGCCGAGGAUAGAGCUCACAGAAUUGGCCAGGUGUCCUCUGUCAAUGUGUGUUAUCUGCUGGCAAAUGACACUGUUGAUGACAUUAUUUGGGAUGUUGUUCAGAGCAAGCUGGAAAAUCUCGGACAGAUGCUUGAUGGCCACGAGAAGUCCUUGGAAGUUUCGACUAAUCAGUCCUACAGCAGCCCUUCAAAACAGAAGACCCUCGACUCCUUCAUAAAGCGGUGUAAUUACUCACCACCUCAUGAGCCCAGGAAAAAACAUUGUCAUCAGUGAGCAAUGAGCACUCAAGAACAAAUAUUAAAUCCCCGUCUCGUAUACACAUUUGAGGAUAUCGGGGGUAUGUAUAUUCGACGUAAGUCUGUGAAUACUUGUUUAGCAGUAGUAUGGAGCAUUCCCUCAAUUUGUUUAAUAGAUGUAGAGCCGUUAAAGAUGCAGCUGAGGAUAGUAAUAUGCUUUGUUUCCUUUUUGGGCUAUAAAACACGUUUUCAAUUUUGUCAACUAUGUUAUUACCUUACUGUCUCCAUCUCUCGGAUAUACAAUGUAUGUACAUUCAAUAUCAAUCAAUCAACUACGCCUUAAUCCCUA